CGACGGCUAAUCUGACCAGGAAUGUGUUGAUAACGAAGAUGAUAAAUCAGGCAAGGUAGAGGAGGGGGGAGAUGACAAAGACGAAGAAAAGAAGGAAGAGGAGGAAGAAGAAGAAGAAGCAGAAGAAGGGAAGGAAGAAGCAGCAGCAGAAGACGGGUUAGAUGACUGGGGUGAAUGAUGUAGAAGAAGAUGUCGGCAGGGAGGGUGGUGGCGAUGAUGAUGGGGAUGAUGAUGACGUCGGUCGCGAUGGUGGUGGAGAUACCGGUGGUGGUAACGGUGGCGGGGGAAGAGGUGGUAGUGGAGAUGGUGGUGGUGGAGGAGGAGGUGGCGAUGACGGUGGUGGUGGUGGUGAUGAUGGCGACAGUGAUGAGGAAGGCACCAUUUCGGCAGCAAUAGCCGCAUUGGUAGGAUCCAUAGUUGGUGUACGGGAGUGGGUGAUGCAACUGCUGCAUGUGGUCGGGUGGAGGCUCUGGACGCCGAAUGUGCAUUCGGCAGUUGCUGCUGCUGCAACGGGUGCAGCAGGUGCAGCAUCUGCACCAUCUGCUGCAGAAGAUGCAGCAGGUGCAGUAGCAGCUGCAGCUGCAGCAUCUGCAGCAGCUGGGUCAUCCGCAGCAUUCACCCAGCAGCAGACGCAGCAGCUGCUGCAGGUGCACCAAAUGCUGCAUCUGCUGCAUCUGCUGCUUCUGCUGCAUCAGGGGCUGCAGCUGCAGAUGCAGCACAUACAGCAGCUGCUGCGUCUGCUGCUCGAAUGGAAGCUGCAAAUGGACGCUGCCCCUGAGGCAGAAAAAGCAUUGAAGAGGGAAGAGGAAGAGAAGGAGAAGGAGAGGGGUGACAAAGUAAAGGCUCAUGAAGCCGUCUUCAGUACCGUGCCCGCCUUAACUGAUGAUGAGGUGGAAGAGAAGAUUGUCCCACUCCUCGGGGCUUUAGUAGAGGUCCAGGCUGUUGAAGACCAUAGAAGCCAACUCGCCAAGGUUUUUGAUGAACUCGAGAAGUUGCGCGAGGAUAUGGCCCUGAUGGCGCAGCAGCACCGUGACCAGCUGCAGCAGUUUGCUAACUUGCAGCCGGCCCAAACUGUUCUUCCGCCUGCUUACCCUGCUUCUAAUGUUGCAUGUCAGUCCGUUUUUGCCCCUCCAACCAUAUCUUCUUCUUCUUCUUCUUCUUCUUCUUCUUCUUCUUCUUCUUUGAGUGUGGCUAACAGCCUAUCCGGAUCUGCAGCAGGUCUAGACCCCGCUGUUGCUGUUGUUGCUGCUGUUGUUGUUGCUGUUGUUGCUGGAGCGGCAAGUGGCAGUGCAGGGCAUUCUGGAACUGUUGCAACUUCGAAUUCGGACCCAGCAAUCGCUGGUCCUAGCUGCAGCUUUCCCUACGUGGACAGAAAGGCGGCACAGAUUCCGUCUAAGUAUGGCGGAAAGGACGACAUUGAAUCUUGGAUCAACUCUAUGCGAUCCUACUUUGAUGUGCUAGGAACACCCCCGGUUACUCAGUCGUCGGUCCUAAGCACCAAUGUGGAACCUGCCGUAAGGGGCUUCUCAGGAGUCCAAGUUGUACAAUCAGGCUAUAAAAGAAUAGACAUGAACAAAUGGCUGUCGGCUACGCCAAUAGCCACACUCGAGGAACUCUUGAUCAAACAAUAUGUUGAUCCGCAUGCUGCAACCAAAGAUAGACUUAAGCUUGACAAGCUCAAGCACAACAAGUGGACAGGCACCAUGCAUAAUCUGCAGCAGUACGUUAGUAAACUCUUCGCUACUCCUGAUCUGGAGAUGACUGCACAGUCUUGCUUGGAUGUGAUGAAAGGCAUAGUCCCCUCUACUGUAACAGACCGCCUGGGGCUCAAACUCAUAACGUAUACAAAUUGGCUUUCCCUCAUGCGGGAUUCAGUCAAGCUGGAGGCAGAAGACCUCCCGGGUGUAUUAGGUAGCAAAAAGACCACCAGCCACAGACGGUUUCCGGGCAGCAACCGUUUUGCAGCGCAUGAUCUACUUGAGGUUGACGAGGAGACCUUCAUAAAGGACCCUUCUCUUAAUGACGAUCAAGAGCAAGACUGCGAGGCAUCUUGCUCUUCCUCGACCCAUGAGUCUGAUUAUGUGAAUGAUGAUGAAUCGAUGAAUGCCUUUAAGAAAAUUGCCUUCAAAAGUAAGGCGCCGAGGACCACAGUAAAGAACAACAAUAACACCAUUCUCCUUCCCAAGGGAGCAAAGAUUCCACCCAAACCGAAAGAUUCUGACACAAAACCAUGGGUAGAUCUCCGGAUCAGUGAAAGUGGAUGCAAGGUCUUCAGCAAGAUCGAUCUCAAGUCUGGCUACCACCAGAUUGAAGUCGAUCCUGCAGACCAGCAUAAAACUGCAUUCAAAACUCGCGAUGGGCUGUACGAGUUUACCGUCAUGCCCUUUGGCCUCACGAAUGCACCGGCCACCUUUCAAAGUCUCAUGGACAAGGUGUUCCGCAAUCAUAUCAACCGAUUUCUUGUUGUAUAUUUGGAUGACAUACUAACCUUCAGCAAGUCGAUGGAGGAGCACAUGACAUGUCUUGAGGAGGUGUUGCAGAUCCUCAAGGAUGCGCAACUCCAUAUCAACUUGGAGAAAUCUGAGUUUGGGAGGGACAGCGUCAUCUACCUUGGACAUCGGUUAUCUGCUCCAGGCCUAGAGAUCGAGGCAACCAAAGUUGAGGUCAUCCGCAAAUGGCCUCAAACGGCAAAUGUCUUGCUGCAGCAAGAUGAUGGUGACGGCUUACAUCCGCUUCAGUAUUACAGCAAACUCAUGCCCAGUCAAAAGGUAGUUGCCUCCACUUACAUGCACGAACUCUAUGCCUUGAAAGAGGCACUAGAUCAUUGGAAACACUACCUCUUGGGUCGCCAUUUCAAAGUGUUUUCAUACCAUGAGACUUUGAAAUGGGUCCAGACACAGAAUAAUCCAUCAACUACAUUGACCCGUUGGCUGCAUGAGAUUGUAGUGUAUGAUUUUAAGCUUAAGCACAAGAAAGGUUGUUACAAUCGCGUUGCGGAUGCUUUGUCUCGCCAUCCUGAGUACACGACUUGCCUUGUGGGUUCCUACGAUCUCUGUAAGAACUUGAAGGAGGAACUCAUUCAGCAUACUGCCAAGGACCCGGAGCUCAAUCCCCCACCCGAAACUUUUCCGUAUUGAGAAUCGAUGAUUCCUCGCGCAAUCAAGGGUGGUCACGAGGUUGAUAGAAUUGUCGAGCAUAGCGGAAAAGGGAGAAACAAACAAUAUGAAGUUCA